UUCCUCGGUACGAGCUAUCAACAGAGGACUUCGACACUAUCUGUGUCAUUUAUCAGCUGCCUCAGAAGAAGAGGUCCUACCACAGGCUGAUCCGGAAGAACAUCUAUUUCAUCACUCACGACUUAAUGGCGUCUCAAGAUAACUUCAGCAAGAAGCUGCCAGUACGCCCUGACUUCAAAACCAUCCAGAAAAUGAUGGCUGAGGCACGGGCGCUGAAGGCCUCCUCCUCUUCAUAUAAGAAGCAAAUGGAGGAGCUGGUGGAGGCCAGUAAGAGGCUCCAGCCUCCGACGGAAGAGGAGGUUCAGGAGGACCCGGAGGGUGACCUCCGAAGGAAGGGCAAGAAGAGUGUGCCCCUCCCAGACGCCCAACUGUGGCGAGGCCACCCCCAGUUUUGACGCAGACAACUAUUCCCACGGGGUGGCCCUCUCGGAGAGAAGCCCCACUUCAGCAGAGCCUGUCGCUGCCCCAGAAACAGCACCCCUUGCGGUCGUACCUAUUGAACAAGUUUCGGGGCAGCAGAGGAGAAAAAAGGGCCCGCUCCACUAAAGAGGUUGAUUUCCUGGGCACCAAUCAAGAGGAGCCCGUAAGGGAGGUGUUGGAGGCUCUUCCUCCAGAGACAGCUGGGGUGGCGGUGGUCCACAGCAAAUAUUGGACUGAAGAGUGGAGGCACCACACCGCCUCCUGCACGGCCGAAGACUUGGUGGCGGCGAACAGCGCCUGCGUGGUCCGGACACUAAGCACAAGCAUCCAACUCGAGGGCUUGGUAAAGGAUCUAAACUCCAAGAGGGAGGACCUCGCCAAGCGCCUCGAGGAGGCGAUGCAUUAUGGGGAUGCUAUGCGAGCUACCCAGGCCAAAGCCACCAAGGCAGAGGAGGGGAAGAGAGCUGCUGAGGUCCAGCUUGCUGCUGCGCAGGCAGAGGUGGAGCGGCUGAAGAAAGAGCUCUACGAAGUGGAGUGCCAAGUGGCUGCGGUGACUCGGCGACUUGACCACGCUAACGAGCACCACAAGCUCGCCACCGAUGCUCUGGAGGCCUCUAAUAGAGAAAAGGCAGAGCUGGAGCAGCAGACCGAGGCCCAGUCAGUGGAGAUCGCCUCUUUGAAGGAGGAAUUGAAGUCUGCGGGGGAGGUGGCGGUCCAGAAUUUUAUUGAUCACUUCGAAGACCAUCCCCUUUACGACGACUUUGCCAACUUCUGGGCCUCGUGGAGUGCCCAAAGCCUACUAGGUCGACUGAAGGAGGUGUAUCCUACCCUGGACAUCUCUCAACUGGAGGUAGAGUUUGGGGGACCAACUGGAGGUCGGCCUGAUAAGGUUACUGAGGAGGCUCCAGAGGCCCAGGAGGCGGCCAAUACUGAAAUUCCUCCCACGGAUUAGGGUUUCCUUUUUAUCUUGUAGUGGCUUCGGCCCCCAAUGUACUUUA